AUGAAUUUUGCCUUCACAGUUAGUCAGUGCGGUUGGUCCCGCCUCGUCCUCUUCGGCUCAUUCCUUUGCACCGCCCUGGUUGAUGGCCUUUACUUCUCCUUCGGACUUCACGUUCUUCACAUGGCCCAAGAGGCCGCAUUCACCCCGGCAGCGGAACUCACUCUGCCCCUCUACCUCCUCCCUGGCGCCCUGUUUACUGGAAUGCACUUAUACGCAAGUAAGCCAGUUCAAAAUUCUUCAUGCUUCUCCACCGGUCGUUCCAUCGUUACAAACUAG